ACGUGGAAACCCGAGAUUGAUGUGCGUUUCAGCCAAUGGGAGUUCGAAAAGGUGACGUCAGCUGACCUCUACCAACCAAUGGCAACGCUCGAGGGGGAAAAUGGGGGAAAAAUAUGCUGUGAACGAUUCGGAGGAGAAGAGGAUUCUUAGGUGAAAGAGUCGAUGUUUACUUCGAUGAAGAAAUUUAGCCAAAUGAUGGAAAAAUCAAGAUGUUUUCAAUUUUAUCUUCACUAACUUUUUAUUUUUGAAAUUUCCUGAGAAAAAGCUGCUUUGGCCAGGGGUAGCACCAUGGGGAGCUUCAAGGGCCACGCGCUUCCCGGGACCUUCUUCCUGCUGGGCGGCAUCUGGUGGACGGCCAAGUACUCGCUAUGGCACGCCAUCCGCCGAAACAAGAGCAUCGGCUCUACCCGGCUGAGCGGCAGAGCGGCACACCGCCGCCUGGAGGUCGUCGAAAGCUCGCUUGUACUCUUCUUCUCGUUAGUGGGGAUGCUCGCCGAGCAGUUCUUAAACGACGGGCCGCGACUCAGGCUGUACGACUUUGCGGAGAACCACUGGAAAGACCUGAUGAACUGGCAACACGCCACCAUGUAUCUCUUCUUCGGCCUGGCGGGAUGCGUGUCCUUAAUCGUACAUACUACAGAGGCCGCGCCCCUCGCCCUGGACAGGAUGUUGAUGGCUAUCGCCUUCUUUAACGAGGGGUUCCUCUUCCUCUACCACCUCCACGGCCGGACUAUGUUGGACGUGCACUUCCAUAUCCUCCUGCUCUACGCCGUCUUCGGGGGGGCCGUGGUGGCCUUCCUGGAGCUUUUCCACAGAGGCAACAUCCUCCUGGAGCUGCUACGCUGCGCCCUGACUUUGCUGCAGGGUAGCUGGUUCUGGCAGAUUGGCUACGUGCUGUACCCUCCCAGCGGUGCCCAGUGGGACCCCAAGGACCACAACAACGUGAUGUUCAUCACCAUGUGCUACUCGUGGCACCUGGCCUUCGCCGUGCUGGGCGUCGGCCUGCUCUACUGCCUGGUCAGCUGCGCGGUGCGCUCCCGGCUUAAGAAGACCCCCGCGGUGGAAAUGGGCCUGCUAAAGCGCAGUGACAAGGACUUCGAGUCGGAGGACGAGGUGGUGUGAAGCGGACCCCUGCCACCGUGCCGCUCCUCGUUUAAAAUCAGGGAUAGGACAUUUGAGGUGCCAGCAGCCUCAUCACUGCCUUAGUUCCUUAUUCAACUGCUCUAACUGCCUUUAGUAGCCUGUACUCUCCAGGGCCCAUUGCUACGGCAUAUACAGUAGCUAUAUCGCUAUUGCUAUACGUAGCGUAUUAGCAGAGUGGUGCCCUUUUUUGCCAAACUGUUAGAAUUGUUAUUUCCUGUCAUUACACUUGACUAUUUUUAUGUCAUAUUUGGUCUUGAACAAACAACACGCUUCUAUUUAUGUAGCUACAAAAGUCUUAAGAAAUAAUGACAGUAUUUAAUGGCGACAUGCACUUUACCGCAGCCUCUUGAUGUUUGUUAGCUUAUUGUAUAACACUAAUAAAAGAUAUAUGAUGUCUAAAUGUGCUUUGUACAUAAAACGGGAAAUGUACAGGGUGUACCCAAAUUUACUGUAGGUACAUUUCCUUUUUUCUAUUUUGUUCCGGGUAUCAUUCGGACAGACAUGCGGCCGUCAGCAUUUGACUGCUCCAACGCGGACAAUUUACGCUAUCCAUGGCCAAAUUUCUCAAAACAGGAUCUGGUCUGGACAAACCACACGGCGUAAGCGCAGGGCUUACCGCCACUGAAGAAAACGGCAAACUCUUAUAGAGCAGGCGUUCUCGCAAAGCCAUGAAAAGCCUCGAAAACUCAAAAUUCAGGUACCCCUGAACGCCUCCUCUAGAAGUUCGGUGUUUCGGUGCGUGAUUUGUCGAGAGCAGAUCCUGUUUAGAUAAUAUUGCCGUGAAACGAAACGAAUUAGGAAAAAAGCAAGUGUAUCGUGAAUUGUGGGACAUGCAUGCUUUUGGAAUGUGGGAGCAAGCCGGAGUACCCAGAGAAAACCCAGGCGUUUACGAAGGGAACGUGCAAAGUCCACACAGGAAGGACCUCAGGCUAGAUUUGAACCUGUAACCUCUCGACCGUGAGGGAGAUGUGCUAACCACUUCACAACCAUGCUGCUGUGUAGUUGUACUGUUUGUACUGUGUCUAUUACGCUUGCAAACAUUCACCCUCUGUUACGUGUCAGCUGUGAGUUAUUUUUUGUUUGUUUAUUUUUUCUUCUUUGACUAAACACAACACAUCGUAAUUGCAGCAGUACCUAUAAAAGGCCACGAAGUGACAGUAACGUCCUUCCUGUUAAAUGGUGUUUGUUGUUUGAUGUCCUCAAAGGGUGUGCAGUUUUGUUUUAUUUUACUUCUGGUUUUACAUGAGCCAAAACCUAUUAAAUGCAGCAAUGCCUAAAAAAGCCCACUAGGUGACAGUAUUGCUCUUGCAAACAUACCCUGUUACCGCCUGAUGCGAGCUCGGAGUAGUUUUACUUUAUACUAGUUUUAUUUUUUUUUAUUACACUGCACAGUGAAUAACAGCCAAUAGUGUCAAUCAGAAAUUAGUACAGUGGUGCCUUAAGAUACGAGUGAUCCAAUUUAGGAGUUUCGGUGGAGUUUUUGCUUUGACUUGCGAGCAAAAAGUAGUUUGACAAAUAGUGAAUAAAUAUUUUUUUAAAAAAUAAGUUUCUAGCGAUUUAUUGCCACUCCCAGUGGAAGUUUACUGUCAACAGAAGAUAAGAAGAUAAUUAUACCUUGUGUGUUUGAAAUAACCACACAACUUUGGCGAAGAACAGGCUGUUUAGCCUAAUGCUACCACACAAUAGAAAACGGAUUAGAGGGGCUAAAAAAAACUAGCAUCAAUGUUGCAUUGUUAUAAUCCUUUAAGCAACGGACAGGUUAUCUUUAUCCUCUACAAAGAAUGGCAAAAAUUACUGCAGCUUACUGAGGAGUUAUGACUUGUGUCUCCGUUUAUAUCCAUCUGUAUAUGUUUGUAUUAUAUUGCCCCCCCGGUGGCCAAGGUAUGCACACCAGAAUGAGCAGCACAAGGCCCAUUGAAUUGAAGCAAAAAAUGUGGCAAAACUCUAUUAAACUCGAUGUAAAAUUCUAUUUCAUGAGGACAUUAAUGUUGUUUUUGUAAAGUACAGUUUAUUAGAGUGCUAUCAUUCAUUUCAUAAUCCAUCCAUUUUCCGUACCGUUUUAUCCACACGCGGGUCGCGGGUGUGCUGGAGCCUAUCCCGGCUAUCUUCGGGCGAGAGGCGGGGUACACCCUGAACUGGUCGAACUUUUUGGGAUGUGGUAGGAAACCGGAGUUCCCGGAGAAAACCCACGCAGGCAUGGGG